UCAUCAUUUGACAGCUCACUUUUUUCACUUGACACUUAAUUUUAUUCGUAAUUUAAUUCAUAAUGGGACACGGUGGACCUCGUUAUUUCCUCUCUGGUAUCGUGUACUAUACAUUGUCUCCGUUUGUUUUAAAACCCAAAGUCGCAAGUGUACACGGAGUGUUGAAUAUGAUUAGACGAAUAAAGGACGAGGCCGGUUACGUUUGCACACCUUUGCUGGUAGCCUACUUGACGUACAGAAACUGCGAAUACCUGCACGAGAAGUACAAACGAAAACAACCAGGUGAUUAUGCCAAUGACAAGUGAAUGAAUGUAUGUUCCUCAUGUAAUUCUAGUUAAUUAAAUUUCAUACUAAAACUG